AACUAUUCAGUAAUUCAUGGCCCACAAGUAUAAUUUUUGUGUAUUAUGAAUCACUAGAAACAAUAUAACACAGAAUAAGAGAUGUAUUCCUGCCAAAAUGAAAAUGUACGUAACUACAGAAAACGGGAGAACUUGACAUAAUCACUUUGUAAAAAAGCUGGCCAAAUGACAAGUCAAUGAAUGCGACAUUAGUCCCAAGCCGUGCGGCAUUCUGGGUCUUGAAGUUGUCAUCUAAGGUUCCAUUCGUUGUUCUUCCUUUGGUAGAUACAUUAGAACUACAUUUCCCAUCUGGCUGUUAUCAGUACCCAGAAACUACCCGCCCCUUUACAGGACAAGUUUUAAAACACGACUAAUAGCACGUAGGCAUAUAACUUCUGAUCAUGUCCAUACUCAUUGAUCAGUCACUGCUGUCACUUCACUGGAGCUAGAAGAACCUGGUGUUUCUCUUGCAAAUGGCGUCCGUCGUUCUCUUAUCUGUAAAGCAGACGGCUCAGACCAAAGCCAAACGGUGUUUAGGUACACGCUUAAGGGGUCUCGCAGGUGCAGAUGGUCCAUCCGUGACUUUGCUUUCGGGAAAGGAAUGGCUUUCCAGGGGCUUGAGUUUACGGUUCAUGUCCCAUGGGACCGCAGGCCGGUCCGGAGCCGGAGCAGCCAGAAGGGGAGUCCUAGCGUUCAGUGGCGCCGCGGCAGUCACAGCAACAGCGGUAGUGGGCUUGUUGGCCAACGCUAACCACUUCCAGCGAGCAGAGAUGGCCACCAGGAUCCCUCAAAAUGCAAAGAAGAAGAAGGAGGAGAAAGAAGAAGAGGGGAGCAUUGCAGAAAGAUGCCGGGGUUUUAUGUCUGCUCCGGUGACCGACAUCAGUGUGCUGGAGAAAAGGAAAGAUGAGAUGAGUACCAAGAUGGAGAUGCUGAUCAUGGAGACUCAGGCUGAGUUCUGCAAAGCCCUGGAGGGAGUGGACGGUGGAACAUUCAAGGUGGACAAAUGGGAAAGGAAGGAAGGUGGAGGAGGGAUCAGUUGUGUGAUGCAGGAUGGAAAGGUGUUUGAGAAGGCAGGCGUUAAUGUGUCGGUGGUGUUCGGGUAUCUGACUGAGGAGGCUGCGAAACAAAUGAGGAGCAGAGGAAAAGUCCUCAAAGGAAAAGAUGGUAAGCUGCCAUUCUGUGCUAUGGGUGUGAGCUCCGUCAUUCACCCCAAGAACCCCCACAUACCCACAGUGCACUUCAACUACAGAUACUUUGAAAUAGAGGAGGAGGAUGGCUCCAAGCAGUGGUGGUUCGGUGGAGGAACAGACCUGACUCCAGUGUAUAUUGAUAAAGAAGAUGCCUUUCUCUUCCACAACACCCUGAAGGAGGCCUGUGACAAACACCACCCGAAGUACUACGCAGACUUUAAAAAAUGGUGUGACCGGUACUUCUACAUCCGCCACAGAGGAGAGACUCGGGGUAUCGGAGGGAUCUUCUUUGAUGACCUAGAUUCCCCAACUCAGAAGGAGGUGUUCAACUUCGUCAAGAGCUGCGCUCAAACUGUGGUGCCCUGUUACCUUCCCAUUGUGAAAAAACAUCUUAAUGACUCCUUCACUCCUGAAGAGAAGGACUGGCAGCAGGUGCGACGAGGAAGAUAUGUGGAGUUUAACCUGGUGUAUGACAGGGGAGUGAAGUUUGGCCUUGCCACGCCUGGCUCCAGAAUUGAGAGCAUCCUUAUGUCCCUCCCCUUGACAGCGAGGUGGGAGUACAUGCACGAGCCUGCCAAAGGUUCCCGGGAAGCCGAGAUGCUGGAGGUACUCCGAAACCCAAAGGAUUGGGCGUGAGCGCCGCAGUCAUAGGCUUACAUAAAGAACCACGUUUGUAGUAUUUUUGUAAAGCUGUGACCUGUUUUGCAAGAUAUUUAUAAAGGAUUAUCAGGUUUCAUCAAUUGUCUGAGGAUUUGCACUGUUAAUUUUCUUUGUUCCAUGUUUUCUAUCAGCCUUGUUAAAAGCUUUAAAAAUAAUGUUUAAUAACUGAGCUUUGUGCCAUUUGUCUCUUCCUGGUAGAAUCUUCACAGAUUAUCUCACUAUAGAAUAAACAUGUCUUUCUUUGUUUUGAAGUUGCCAAUGACCUGGAGUAUUCUCCAUAUUUUUUAACGAAGCACUGAAAGGGAUAAGGACAAACUGAAUGUAUGUGCUUUAACCACUGGUGUCUCAGCAACAAUAAAUCUGAUUUUGACAUUCA